UGGACUCUGAUGCGGAAAUGAUUUGUGUUCGUGUCUUUGGUGCGUUUAAUAUACUGUGAGAUCUUUCUUGGAUUCACCAUCACGUGAAGUUAAUUAAUUUUUUGGUGAGAAUGUUGAGGAAUCUGACUCUUUACAGAGCAACUUCAUUUGGCCUCUUGUUAUUGGUCUUAAAUGGUGUGUUUGGUGUUGAUGCAGAUGAAGUGAAGUCAGUGUCAGUGAUGGAGGGAGAUUCUGUCACUCUACACACUCAUCUUACUCACAUACAGAGAGACGAUCUGAUACUGUGGACGUUUGGACCUCAAGAGACUCGUAUAGCAGAGAUCCAUACACAAAGGGUUAAUAUGUAUAAGAGUAAUGAGAUAUUUGGAGGCAGACUGAAGUUGGACAGUCAGUCUGGAUCUCUCACCAUCACAAACAUCAGAAUCACAGACUCUGGACUUUAUAAACUAGUGAUCAUCAGUAACACAGGAACUUCAUUCAAGAGAUUCAAUGUUACCGUCUAUGCUCAUCUGCCUGUUCCUGUCAUCAUCAGAGACUCUUCACAAUGUUCUUCAUCAUCAGAAAGAUCUUCAGUGUCAAAAUGUGUGUUGUUGUGUUCAGUGAUGAAUGUGACACAUGUGAGUCUCUCCUGGUACAAAGGAAACAGUUUAUUGUCCAGCAUCAGUGUGUCUGAUCUCAACAUCAGACUCUCUCUACCUCUGGAGGUGGAAUAUCAGGAUACAAACACAUACAGAUGUGUGGUCAACAAUCCCAUCACAAACCACACACAACAUCUUAACAUCACUCAACUCUGUGGGUCAUGUCCAGAUUCUUACCGCACACAUAUCAUUUUGGCAGUAAUUAUAUCUGCAGUUCUGGCUGUACUUGUACUAGCUGUUAUCUACAUUCUCUGCAAGAAACGCACAAGAGUUCAGUUAGAAGGCAAGUCAUAAUUUGUCAUUAAUAGUCUGUCCAUGGCAUUUGUAGUCUUUU